AUGAGGCUGAACGAUUUUCCGCCUGAAUUGUUGAGCCAGGUUCUCGGGCAGCUCGCCCACAGCGUCAAUCCAGCCAACGCACUCGCGCAUGCAAGCCAACAUGGCCUUUUCAAUGCACGAUUCGUAUGUCGGAAAUGGGACGCCCUUGCCACCAAGCAUCUUUUCCACACCGUCACUUUGAAGCAUGAUCCCAGGCCGGUUAAGUAUGACCGUCUCGUGGUUAAGGAUGGCCGUCUCGAGCGCGAAGGUGAUGACCGUGGGAACGAGUUCAAAUCUUGGAACACAUUACUCGACAGCGAGGCGGUACGCAAUGCCGCCCAAUGCGCCGUUAUAAACAGCUCCCCUGCAAACAUGCGUAAGAACGCCGACUACAGGGCCUGGUACAAGUGGGAGGAAAAGGGGGAAUAUCCGUCAUUUACAAAGGCCAUCGACCGAAUCGUGGAGCUCCCUAACCUAAACGAGGUUCACUUGCGGUUUUCGGAAGUGUGCCGUGGUGUGCGGGAUGAUGGUCUCUCACGUACUUUUUGGCCCCACGGUGUUGAGCCUGCCCCUACUCGUCUCUCAAUGCUCAGCGCCUGUUUCAAAGCCAUGGCCGCGCGAGCCAAGAACGACGAUGCCUCGAGGAUCCGGUCCCUGAUUCUCGAGAACGUGCAGAAUCUCUCCUUGGAAAGCUUGACCACGCCGGAGAUGUCGAGCGUCGUCAAGGACAUCAACAGCCUGGCCAUCAUGGUUACUGAGGAGUGGAACGAGUAUGGGCCCGAUCAGGACGUCUUCUUCGAUGAACGUUGGCAGUUUGAGCCGCAUCUCCAGAAAGACGUGUUGCCUCUUUUCUCAGAGUCGCUUACAAGCUUGAGCCUGGGUUUCCGUGAAUACUGGGGCACCAUGCCUGGAAGAUUUGACGGAAAAGGCCUCGUGUACCCUAACCUCAAGACGCUGACCCUCUAUAACUACGUCUUCUCGCAUCACGACCAAAUCGAUUGGAUUCUAGCGCAAACUUCACUGACGAGCCUGCGGCUGGUCAGCUGCCAAGUCGCCUACCUUCUGCAUGCCGAAACGACCUCUUUGCAGCAGUGGGGAGUGUCUACGCACGACUGGGAGGAACUUCCGGAUGGCGCAUAUGAUCUUUGGGGGCCCGAAUGGCGGACUUACCGGUUUGAUGGAACUUGGGAGACGAUAUUCGACAAGAUCCGAACCAAGCUCCCCAACCUCACGGAUUUCCGCUUCAACAACGCAGAUAUGAGCGAACCGAUUUUCACCUUUGCGAAUGAAGAAAACGUGCUAUUUCCCGGCCGAUACAUUCUCUUCAAUUCUGGAAUGCUUCCCAGUCCUUGGCUCGAAGCUGAGAGUGACGGCGACAUGGAGUUCGGUAGCAACGACCCUUUACCAGGCGACAUCAACGACACAGAAAUCCCCGAAGACUACCCGGAACUGAACCGCGGAAGAGAGACGGUUGAAGGGGAUUCCCGGGCAUUCAAAGAUCUUCUUCAAGCGGUCGCGGAUAGAAGGAAAUCUAGUGAGCAUGAGGCCUGA